AUGCCCAAGAAUGCGGUAGUGACCUUGCGCUACGGACCCUACAGCGCGGUGGGCCUGUCCGUGGAGCACCGCACCUACCGCCUGGAGGGUCUGCAAGCUGUGUUGACCAGAGAUGGACAUGAGGUCAUCUUGGAGCAGAUAGAAGAUUGGAAUCUGGUGGAGCUUGUGGUAAAUGAAGAAACGGUCUUCCAGUGUGAUAUCCAAGACCUGGAGUUUGGGGGUGACGGCAAACUAGACCCACUGUGUGAAGAGGCCAGGAUCGCUGUGCUAGAUGCCUUCUGA